GUCUGUAGUGAGCAAGUGGAGUGAGCAGGUAAGCUUCGCGGCUGGUGCUCGGAGCUGGCUAUAAAACUGGCUUCUCGACCAUCAGAGGCUUCUGAGCACGAUAUAAAGAAAGGUCUCCAUCCCGCCAACGACCACAUCAAACACUAAAGCAGCAACAAGGAAGACAUCCUAAAAGAUGACGGCAGCGACAGACUUUCCAGCUUCCAAGACGGCCAUUCCGCUCUCCUUCGGAGCCAUGACGGUCGGCGGAGAAGGCACGAUGCAGGCCCGAAUCCAUGAUCUUCCCACCUUUCAAUCUAUCCUGGACCUUCUCAAAGAGCAUGGACAAGAGGAGAUCGACACUGCUCGGGUCUACGGCAGCAUGACGAGCGAAGAGUACGUGCGCGACGUCGGCGCCGAACGGCAGGGCUUCAAGAUUGCCACAAAGUGCUUUCCCAACAGCUCCUUUGGCGCCAUGCCCGACAUCACGCAGUACGACCACACGCCCAAGAUGCUCCGCCAGUCCGUCGACGACUCGAUGAAGGCGCUCAGCACGGACAAGGUCGACCUCUUCUACCUGCAUGCGCCUGACCGCAAGAACCCGAUCGGCGAUGCGCUCCGAGUUGUCGACGAAGAGUACAAAAAGGGCCGCUUCGACCGGUUCGGCAUCUCCAACUACACCGUGGCGGAAAUCGAAGAGAUUAUGCGCAUCUGCGAGGCCAACGGCUACGUCAAGCCGACGGUGUACCAGGGCCUGUACAACUGCCUAGUCCGUAGCGCAGAGCCCGAGUUGGUGCCGUGCCUGCGCAAGUACGGCAUCAGCUACUACAUCUACAACCCGCUCGGCGGCGGCUUCCUGACGGGCACCUACAAGCCCGACAAGACGGACGAGGAGGACAACAAUGCCGAAAAGGGCAAAGGGUCCCGCUUUGACAAGUCGUCGUGGCAGGGCCAGGGGUACUGGAAGCGAUACUUCCAUGACGCCAUCUUUGAGGCAAUCGAGGUCAUCAGGCCAAAGGCCGAGGCGCACCAGAUCCCCCUGGCAGAGGUAGCGCUGCGAUGGUGCAUGCAUCACUCGGUGCUGAAAAGGAAGUACAACGACCACGUCAUCUUUUCGGCCUCGUCGAUCAAGCACGUCCAAGAGAAUCUCGCCGCCUUCGAAAAAGGCCCCUUGCCUGACGCCCUGGUAAAGGCAAUCGACGAAGCGUGGACCGUGGUCGACAAGAGCGGCCAGGCUCCCAAGUACCACUUCUAAAUCUUUCAAAGUAGCAUUUCAAGAGCACAUCGGUAAUUCAUCAUCAAUCC